AUGGGGAAUUCAAAUUAAAGGAUGUAAGAAGAGAAGUAUGAAAAUGUGAUGAAGAAAUUCAAAAUGAAAGGGUCUAUUCAUCAUAAUUAGCUAGGUAUAGUCAGAGUCUAUGAUCUAAAAGACGAUAAUAAUUAUUCUAUUUUUGAAUUUCAUAAGACAGUCACAACAUCAGAAGAAGCCAAACUCAUGUUAGCACAUUAUAAAAAUAGGAAAUGUUACAAUAAUGACCAUCUUACAUAAAUAUUUUUCAUCUCUGAAUAAAAUAGCCAAAUCUUAUGUUAAGAUCAAACAUAAUUAACAGUAAUAGGGGAAUUCUUUUACAAUAAUAUUUAAAAUGAAAUGAAGCUUUGUUAUUUAAAUGAAAAUAUCAGAAAUAUUGUUUAACAAUUCCCAGAAUUAAGAUUAUGGUAAAUAACACUUUAGAUUGUCAAUGCUUGUGCAUUUUUAGAAAAAAAUGGAAGAUAUCACGGAGAAAUAAAAUCUAAAAAUAUCUAUUUGCAUCCUGAUCAAAGUGUAAAAUUAACAGAGUACAAUUUUAUUUAUGGAAGUAUGACAGGAUAUCAGAAGGCUUUGCUAGUGAAUGAUUUUUAAUAUCUAUCUCCUGAAUUAUUGAAGGAAUUAAGAGCAAAGAACCCUUAACCAAAUGUAGAUUUGGUCAAGAGUGAUGUGUUUGCUCUAGGAUUAACUCUUUUGGAAUUAGCAAGUCUUAGCUCAUGUGAAUAGUAUUAUGAUUGGAUAAGCAAAGAAGUUCAUAUUGAUAGAAUCAUCAAAGCUAAUGAUCAAUUGAUAUAGAAAGGCUACUCAACUCUUUUCACAAAUUUAAUAUAUUAGAUGAUCUCUGAAGCAGAAUCCAGACCAAGAUUCACAGAUUUAAAAGAAGUGCUAUCUAAUUUUGAGAAUGAUAUCAACAACCAUAUUGACUUCUACUCAAAAUAUUAGAUGAAAUAGAACCAUCAAUUUAAUGCUUAUAAUUCUGUGUACACUUAACCAUAUCAGAGACCUGGACAAUUCAAUUAAACAUAAUCGAUAUAUUUACCAAAUGGAUCGUAUUGA